ACUUAUUUAGAAAACGAGUGACUAGAAAUACUGGUUGCAAUUCAAAUGAAAUCCAGUACCGUGGGGGAGUGGGAGCCCCACAUAUCUGUUGCAUCCUGUGUGGGUUUUGUCAGAUAGACCGGCAUCCGAACCGAGGAACCAAGGACACGCAAGCUUUUUGUAUUCAUCUGAAAACUACAUAACACAACAUGGUGGCGGUGGCGGUGAAUUGGCAGCAUUGACUAGAAUCUGAAAUCAAUAGUGGAAUUGAAAGCCAUGCCAGAAGCAUUGUGACCAGAUCAUAGCUCUUGCACUGGGAGAAUAACUGAGCUGUUCUUUUUGGCAUUGGACCAUGGAUCUGAACAACAUUACUGCUUUUCUUGCUAUAAUUUUAUGGCCAAGUGCUGGAUCCAAGAUAUUAACCUCAGUUGAUCCACCUACAGAUCUGCAGGUCACAGACCUGGGCCACCUGGGUCCACUUCACAUACAUUGGAAAGCUCCACUAAGUUUAACCAACAAGAAGUUGUGUGGGGUCCGGUACAUGAUGUCCCAUUGCAAUGUAGAUUCGACAAACUGUAAGCAUGUCACCACCAAAAAAUUGGAAUACACUGAUGGAUUUAACCUCAACGAGGGAAUAGAAGUGAAAAUCCAAACACUCGUAAAAGAACAAUGUAUAAAUGGGACUGAGCUACACAGUGACUGGGUUGAAAUAGUGUACUGGCCACCCAUGGAAGACACGGGUUGGAAAACUGAAUAUGACCAAUCAAUACAACUGAGUCCAGGACCUGUGGGUUCCAAAAUUAGGGACUUGCAAUGCAUUGUUUACAAUCUGGAAUAUAUGGACUGCAAAUGGCAGAAUGGAAUGAGUGCUCCACAUGAUAUCAAUUACACACUUUAUUAUUGGCAUGAAGAGCUGGAGCAAACAAUGGAGUGUGAUAAUUACAUUAAAAAUCAGGGGAAUAUUGUUGGCUGCCAUUUUCACAGUGACGAUCUCAUCGAAUUCAGUGAUUUCAACAUAUGCAUAAAUGGCUCCUCAGCAAUGGGGCCUGUAAGACCAGCAUACUACACAUUACAGCUUCAAGAUCUAGUUAAGGUAGCAGCCCCUAACCAGGUCAGCCUGACCUCAUCAAGAACAGAUACCAUUUAUAUCCAAUGGGAGCCUCCAGCUGGCAAAAUGAAGCUUCACUGUAUGAAAUAUGAAGUGCAGUUCUGUGGAAAAAGCUCUGACUGGGAGUCUAAAGUAAUUCCUGAGCCAGUCACCUCUACAUCUCUGAAUGUGACAGCUAAAACAAUGUACUGUGUCCGUGUGAGAGCAGCUGUUAACAUGUUUUGUGCUGAUGAUAGCUUUUGGAGUGAUUGGAGCUCUAUCCAAUGUUUGACAGAACAUUCAGAGAGUGGAGACGAUGUGAUCAUCAAACUUAAUUUCUUAACAGAACUGAUUGCCCUUUUGACUUUAGCAUCAUUCACAUUGGUACUGUGUGUUGUUGCUCUCUACUUCUGGAUCAGAUGGAAAAGAUUGAUUGCAAAGAAGAAACUUAACAUGUUGCUCAAUGACGACGUCAAGAACAUCCAAAAAAACACCCACUUAAACUAUUAAACAUUGCUCAUGCUGUCUGAGUGUUGUUGAAUAAUAAUUGUUCCCAAUUAUUGCACAGUAUAAAUGUUUAAACCUUCAUUUUCACUUUAUGACCAGGUGAGAAGGGGUGAACUGGGCCCCCCUCUAUUUAACCUCCCCAGCUAUUAUCACAAAGGUUUAAGUUUUGUUUUUACAUGGAUAUGUGUUUUCCAAAUUGGAAUGUGUUUAACUAUGAGCUGUGAGCAAUAAGGAGCCUAUCAAGCAAAGUUUUCUUGAGUCAAAGAGCAAACUAAAUCUGAGAAAAAAUAAUAAUGUGAUGUCAAGAAUUCAACCCUCAUGCAGUCAUUAGGAGGGCACACACACACACACACACACACACACACAGGCAUCAGAAAUAAGGGGAGUUAGAGAAAAAUAAUAGAAAAAGGUGAAAGAAUAUAUGGCAUUUUUAAUGUCUCUUUAGACAGUUGCGAGUUUUAAUUGGUGUCGAGAUUAUAGGAAAUGUCUGCCUCUUCACACUCUCGAGGGUGAUAUGUUGGUUUCUCACCUCCACCUAGGAAUGUGGCCUUGCAAUUUUAAGCAGUCUGCCCUGUCUCAGUUCAAAUUGCAAAAUGUCCAGUCAGUUGAAAAUAUGCUUUUUCAUUUUUUCAAAGAUAAAUGAAGUAAAGGAACAGUGAUAUACUUUCAAACCAUGAUGGUGUGUGACUUGGAGGGGAAUUGGCAGGUGGUGGUUUUCCCAUGUGCCUGCUACCCUUUUCUAGGCGCUGGGGUGUUCUGGUUUGGAAGGUGUUGUUGAAGAAAUCUUGGUGAAUUGCUACCAAGUUUAAUCUUUAAAUUGAUUUUUUUCAUAAAGUGUGACACAUAAAUGAGUGCCUUUGAUGGGAAAUAUGAUAGUUCAUCUAGUGCAUAUUUCCUAUUGUGAUUUUGUUUAGAUAAUUGUGUUAAUUCUUUUGAAAACUGCAGUUUUUUAUAGUCAUUUAUGAAAUAACUUAUGACUCAAAAGGACUGAGAUACUUUUUUAUUACUUCCGCAGGAAACACUAACCAAAAAGCAAAAGAAAUAGAUGGAUAAGAUGAUUAAUGUUUCCUGCUUGGUGGGUUUAAAUAGUCAUUUAAAAUUGCACCCCAAUGUAGUUUAAGAACAUUUUUUUAAUUCCUCUGUUUAGUAGUGCCAUGCCAAAGGUUUGCAGCACAGCAAUUUUUACUUACUGAGUGUUUGUGUAAUGCUAGCAGGCAAAAAACUUCAGGUAGUUUGCUGGGCCCAUGAAAUCUUUUGGUGCAGUCUCCUUGAUAAAUUAACAGGGCCACAAGACUGCUCUGAACGCCUGUGGUACAAAAGUGCAAAGUGAAAAAACUGAUGAAGGAUGAGUAUCCAAUCACGUGUCUCAGAAACAUCCCAAAUUGCUUUUCUUUGGAGUGAAUUCAAUUGUGCUGCUGUUAAAUGAGAAAAUGCAGAAGCCAUUUUGCACAAAGCAAGGUCUCACUAACAGCAUUGAAACAAAUGGCUAGAUAAUAUUUUUGGUGCAAGAAUGUUGGAGAGGACACAGAAGAACUCUGCAUACCUCUAAGUAGUGUCAUGGAAGCAACCAGAACACAGAUGGGACUAUGGUUUAAUGUCAUAUCCUAAACAUUUAAAAUGCUUUGCAAAAUGAAAGCACAAAUCUAAAUUGAUAUUGUAAAGUUGUAUUUUUGACAUUUAGUAUAUUUGCCAUUCAGAUGUAAAACUUUUCAAUUAAAAUGUAUUUCUUCACUG